AUGACUUCGCACGAGUCCCUUACGUGGCGCCAGGCCUCGCCGGGCAUCUGGCAGCGCGGCACUGACGAGAUUGAGGAGUUUUACUCGACCAUGGCCGUCUUGUACGAGGGCAGCGGCCGCAUGUUCUUUGGCAUCACGGGAUUCCUGUCCCUGUCAGUCGAUGUUGCCGCCAGCCAGGACCCGGCUGCUGCCAGUGAAGGUGUGAGGAACGCGCUGCAGAAGGGUUGGCUUGCCUUGCGAUACCACCACCCAACGUUGGCUUCGCAGGUCACCAGGGAUGACCAGGGCAAGUGGACCAAGACGUAUCGCGGGUGCGCUGAUGAGCAGGACCAAAAUCGAUGGCUCCAACAGACCUUUGUGACCGUAGCGAACGGACAGACUGGUCUCGAAUGGGCCAACUCUGACCCUCCGGCGCCUCAGCUACCGACUUUGUUUGUUAUUGGGCCACGCGAGGCGCAAGAGCAGACCGUCCGCUACGACCUCGUCUUUCGCUCCCCCCACGAUAUCAUUGACGGCAUCGGCACACUCAUGAUGCUCAACAAUCUGAUAGGCCACGCAUCUGAGGCCUACGCACAAGGUGCGAGCUACCGAACGCCCGCCUUGGAUGGCUCCGAAGCCGCGAACCUGAGUCCCCCUUACCGCAUCGCCGCCAAUGUCCCCGCGCAACUGUCGGAGGCCCAGAAAGAGCGACUCCAGACAGUCACUGCGCAAAAGGCCCAGGUUCGCGCAGAUACCAGCGUCGAGAUUCUCGCUCUGCCCUUCAGGGAGGGAGCUCAGGUCCCUGGCGUGCACAAGAGAACCGCCCUGACGCUGUCCGUCGGCGAGACAGCUCGCCUCUUGGCGGCUUGCAAAGCCGCCGGUGUCACGCCCACGCACGUCUUCCAUGCUGCCGCGGCCGUGGUCGACCGUGACCUGCAGCCCGUGUCUGAGGCGCCGAGGCGCGUCCGCUACAUCAACUACAUCCUCCGCAACGAGCGCGCCGGCUGCGCUGAGCCGUUUGGCACCAGCAAGCACCCUGCGGCUCUGUACCACUCUGUUUCGGGCCAGAGCCUCGUUGUUGAUAUGGAUAUCACGCCCGGCAAAGCCGAUGCCACGACGUGCAAAGAAGAGUUCCAUUCCAUCGUGCGUCACAUGAGCGCCUUUUACAACGAGGUUCGCAACGACAGCGAACAUGCCGCGUUGGUGCCGGACCUCUGGGCCAUGGGAACGCCAGAGCUGCCCCUGGCGCCUCGGCCGCUGCCGGUACCCGCCCCCAACAGCCACCCGUCCGUGUCCAUUUCCAGCAUGGGCCGCGUCGACACGAUCGUAUCGCCCAGGACGGGCGCCUUUGACGUGCUCGAUGCCUGGGUCACCGGUGAGGAGCUCGGAACAGGGCUAGGCAUAUUCCUGGGUUCGUUCAAGGGACGCUUGUGCGUGAGUGCUGCGUACAACGACGCAUGGCACGACGAGGCCGGCGUGUCAGACUUUCUGCAGCGCGCCAAGGAUGUCGUGUGGGCGGGGAUGGAUCUGGGAGUGUAG